GGCUCUCUCCACUGAAAAGGGGCAAUUGCCUUUCAAACAGAUAUUAUUUAGUAUAAAUUAAUAGUUCUGAUCUUGUUUUGAUGUAGUUCAGUUCUGGCAUCUACAUAGAUCAGCAAAAUAAAACCAUCAUGUUCAAACUAUUAGUUAUCCUGUCGGUCGCAGCCGUGGUCGCUGCUGAGUACCACGAGGAACACUAUUCCCAUCCGAAAUACAAGUUCGAAUAUGGAGUGAAGGAUCACCACACUGGAGACAACAAGGAUCAAUGGGAGCACCGAGAUGGUGAUGUUGUCAAGGGCCAGUACUCGUUCUAUGAAGCCGAUGGAACGAAGCGUAUCGUGGAAUACACUUCUGAUAAACAUCACGGAUUCCAAGCCCACGUGAAGCGUGUUGGCCAUGCCCAGCAUCCGCAAAUCUAUGGCCAUGAGGAGGGACAUCACUUUGCCGGAAAUGAGCUUGGUCAUGGGCAUGGCCAUGCCAGCAGCUAUGCCAACUUGUAUCAACAUCACCAUUGAGACUGAAGAUAAGUAAAAUGUGUAAAUAUAUUGAUUAGAACA